AGUGAUGUGUGCCACUGUUCUUCAGUAGCUCAGCCGGACUGUGAUCUCACCAUGUUUAUCCACUGUGAACUGCUCAUACUGAUACUUGCGAUGACUCUUGAUGGUCAAGUUCAUGCAGGAGAAAUCUAUGGAGGCCACGAGGCUGUACGACAUAGCAGGCCAUACAUGGUGCUGUUGGAGCUGCACAUGGAGGAUGGUAGUAAAAGUCGAUGUGGUGGCUUCCUUCUGAAUAAGGAUUUUGUGAUGACUGCAGCCCACUGCCAAGCCAAAUCGUACACAGCCUUACUAGGAGUUCACAAUGCCAAAGAAAAUGAUGAAAUACAGCGUAUAUGUGUGGAAAAAAUAUUUCCACAUAAACACUACAAUGCAACUGAUUACCAAAAUGACAUAAUGCUUCUUAAGUUGAGCUCCAAAGCACAUUUAAAAAAAAAAUAUGUGAGACCCAUUCCUCUCGCAGGUCGAGAUGAUUGCUCACUGCCAAAAUCAUGUACAGUCUCUGGCUGGGGAAGAAGCGACAGAAAAAAAAGUUACAUGUCUCCUGUGCUCAUGGAAGUCAAUGUAACACUCAUUUGGGAUGAGCAGUGUGCGGAAAAAAACCUUUACUGCUCUAAGGGAGAGACUGGACCAGGUCAGGGAGACUCUGGUGGUCCACUGGUCUGCAACAAUGGAAAAGCAUACGGGGUGGUGUCCACCUCAGGCAACCCAAACUCAAAUGGGCCGCAAAUGUAUGGUUAUACUAAGAUACCUGAGCACAGAAACUGGAUCAGAAGGAUUAUGGAACAAAAUGGAAAGCUCUAAUGCAUCAAAUCAUAACAUCUGAAUUCACAUCAGUUCUGUUUAUUUGUUACUUUAGAGCUGAUGAUUAAGGUGAUCCUAUCACAUCUGAUUCCACAUCAGAGAGACUGCCAGACCAACAAGUCUGGACUCGCUUGCUUUGCUUUGAUCAAAACAUGCUUUACUUUGAUGAUUUCAAAUGAUGUAAAUUUUUGCUUGGAAAGUUGAGUCAGAAGACUGAAAAUAGUGUACGCUGCUGUACUGGGUGCUCUACAUUUUCUGUCAGUUAACUCAAGGUAAUUCAAAGCAAAUUAGAAAUUACUGCUUUGCGCAUCUUCAUUUGGACCAUAUCAAAUGAGAAGACGGACUCAUGUAAAUUUGUCUUGUUCCAUCUAUUGAAACAAUAAACUGAACAUGAAUUAAAUCAACAAA